UCCAGCCAUUAUUAUAUGCUCGCCGAAUCAGAUAACCAUUAGCGCAAUGAGGCAUCUCAACAAAACUCUUGUAGAAGGCAAACGAGCUCUAAAUUUGAAAAUUAUUCUGCCACAAUUAUUGGGCUUCUACGAAUUAGUCGGGGACUUGAAUCCUGAUGAUCUCGAGAACUUACAGAAUUUAAUAACUCUUAAUCGUUAUAAUUCCUUAGAAGUGAUGGGUAUGCUGCCACAAAGCUGUGAUGACUUCCUAAAACUUUGCUUUUUCAAGGGAAAGCGAUAUCCGAACUGCAAAGGUCUCUUUAAUCCAAUAUUGACAAAACAUGGCAUGUGCUGCACCUUCAACAGUAAAUACCAUUAUAAAAAAAAUAAAAGAAAUGAAAGAAUAUUAAAUUUCAAACCAAAAACAACAUCGAAGACUGGUUUGAGCGAAUCUUUAGUUGUUGUAGCUGAUUAUAAUCCCGAUGACGCUCUAGCUGGGACCAUUCUGAAUGCCGGUGCCAUUAGGGUUAUGUUUACUGACUGGACGGAAUUCCCUGCGGACGAUGAAUCAAACUUAGUGCAUCCCAAUUCGGAGUCGUCUUACAUAAUCCAUCCUACAUAUACGUACUGCUCAGAAGACGUCAUCACCCUGCCCGCCUGGAGUCGCAAAUGUUACUUCGAAGAUGAGUAUACGCUGCCACACUUCAGAAAGUAUCACAACUCUGACUGUGACCUGCUGUGUCACGUGCACGAGCUGGAGCGCCUUUGUCGCUGCACGAUGAUCUAUGUACCCAAUAUCUACUUAAGUCGCGCUUGUAAUGUCACUAGCAUCGAUUGCAUUGUAAAAGCGAAGAUGCAAAUGAACAAGUGGUACCGUACUGAACAGUGUGAUUGCCCUCGUGAUUGUGUAUCAUUUCGUUAUCGUGUGGAAAUGAUAUUGGGAAAUCUCGACGCAUUGCCUCAUAUCAUGUUCGACCCCUUUUCGGAUAUCGUGUUCAAUAAAACUACUUCCAUUUUGCAAUUUUUCAUUCCAAGUCCUGUUUAUGUGAAACAAAAACAAGAGACUGUCAUGUCACUUAUAACUUUAUCAUCAAACCUUGGUGGCGUUUUUGGAUUAUGUAUGGGCUGGAGCGCAAUCAGCAUGUUAGAAAUAUAUUUUUAUAUUUAUUUGUUAAUCAAGAAUAACAUUAAAAAACGACUACAAAAUGUUUCAAAGAAUAAAGUAGACUUAGCUCAGUAA